CGCUCUCUCUCUCUAAAAUCACCACCAACACCAACACCUCUCUCCCCUUCUCUCUCUCUCUCUCUCUCUCUCUCUCUGUGAGUGUGUGUGUAGAGACGCAACGCAAAGGGAACGACUAUGUUAUCGAGCGGAGCAUAUUAUUUCAGUCUGGCGCUGGCUCGGUCGAUUUGGAGCUCUGCGUGAAUAUAUGGCAUGAAGGGAAGGUCUAGUUUAGCUCUCUAACAAAGCCCAAGGUAACUUCUUCCCCCCCUCCAUCCCUCUCUCUGACCCUUUAUGGCCAUAUGCAUACGCAUACACGUACGUAUUUCUCUCGAGCAAUAUACUGCCAAGUACGGCUGUCUGCCCAACCAGUUCCAAUCGCAGCCGAAUCGAUGUGCGAACCGUCAAGAGCUGAGCCGCCCCUCCUCCCCUCCUCCAUUCUCAGGUUAAAUGGAUUUGGUUGCUAUGAGUUCCAAUGGAGAUUGUAUUGAAGAUUCUAUUGCCGAAGUACUUCUUCCUUCAGAAUCUGAACAGAAUAAUCGGUAUAAUGUAUUUGGGGAGCCUGAGGUUCUUCCUCGGAUAGGAGAUGAGUACCAGGCUGAAAUUCCUGAUCUGAUCACGGGACCUAAAUUUAUCCGGCUUAAACUAGAUCCCUUUGAUGACCCGACCAUCGGAUGUAGUAGGCCGCACAUUUUCCACAUGGGAUUGCCUAUAUCAGUCAUGUGGAUACCCCAGACACCUGACAAUGUUAAACACGAACAGCAGGAAUCUGUUGCGGGUACAUGUGAUUCCUCCAUCAAGACAGAUGGUUUAAAGUCGGAUCAUAAAAUAAAGCUCGAGGAAUCAGGAAACUUGGUGUUGGGGGAAGAAGCUAGAGCUCAAAUGUGCAAGAGAUGUGCUGAGGAAGGCUGCUUACCGGUGCCUGGUUCUGUGUAUAAUCUCUGGAACGAUCCAGAGGGGGCGAAUUUUCUCCUUGGUCUGUAUAUUUUCGGGAAAAAUCUGAUUCUGGUGAAGAAAUUCAUGGAGAAUAAAAGUAUAGGGCAAAUAAUGUCUUUCUACUAUGGCAAGUUUUAUGGGUCUGCCAAGUAUCGGAGAUGGUCGAUGUGCAGGAAGAUGAAGAGCAGAAGAUCUAUAUAUGGGCAAAAGAUUUUUACAGGUUUAAGACAGCAGGAGUUGUUGUCUCGUUUGCUUUCUAAAGUGUCAGAAGAAUCUCAUAGGACAUUAGUGGAGGCAUCAAGAGCAUUUGGAGAGGGGAAAACAUCGCUAGAAGAGUACGUCUUCACCCUUAAGGCCGUAGCCGGGCUGAGAACAUUAGUAGAGGCAAUUGGAAUUGGCAAGGGCAAGCAAGAUCUCACCGGAAUUGGAAAUGACCAUACAAAAUCUGGUAAUCAGACUGCUCCUCUCUGCCCCGAGAUACCAAUUGGUAAAGCCUGCUCGGCUCUCACAACUGUGGAAAUAGUCACCUUCCUGACGGGAAACUUCCGAUUAAGCAAGGCCCGGUCCAAUGAUCUCUUCUGGGAAGCUGUAUGGCCCCGCCUCUUGGCUCGAGGGUGGCACUCUGAGCAGCCUGAAAAUGGUAUAUCUGCAGGCUCGAGGCAUUCUCUCGUUUUCCUUGUACCUGGGGUUAAGAAGUUUUCAAAGAGGAAGCUUGUGAAGGGAGAUCACUACGUUCUACAGUGCCAGUGGUCUCAGAUCAGAUGGAGAAGUGAAGGAGGGCCAAUGGACAGUGUAAUGAGUGAAAUCGGACGAGGAGACUCGCGGGAAAUGAGAGGGUUGUUAUUUGAAGCCCCGUACUCCAACUCAGUGUGGGGAUGGCAUAAAGUUCACGAUUGGGCCACAUGGGUAAAUGAGGACAAAGUUGAGAGAAGCUUGGAGAAGCAGAGACGCCUCGACGAUCGACUGAGCAUGGAAGAGGCUGAUGUAUCAAAAUCUGUGAAGGUAAAUAAUGGUGAUAAAAGAGUCUCUUCCCAACAGAAAGAUGUAGAAAAUAAUGAUCUCUCUUCGACGAACCAUCAGAAGAAGGUAUCGGAAUUUCAGCCAAGGCAAAGGACUAAACCUAAAAGUAAGAAGCGUCAGAAGUUAGAUGUUUCAAAUUGCGCUUUAAGAAGCUGCAGUGGAAACGAAGUAUCAGAAGGUGCCAGAUUCGAGCAAGAGGCAGCAAGUUGCUGCUCGAGCAAUCCUCAUAUGGUUGUGGAUGGGAUUAGGAGUAUCCUGCAAGUGGGCCCGUCUCCGGAAACUCUUUCCUCCACUAACUCUCCGGCCAAGGACAUUACGGUCAUGUCAGGCCAUGAGCAGGAAAAUCUCCAUGGGCCUUGGAGCGUGAUAGACCUGAACUUGCCAGUUUACCCUGAUGCCGAAUUUACUGGCCAAGGGGUAAAAAUUGAUGCCCAACACGAUACUCAGGCGAAACCACCACCGCAUGAUUCAAACAGAAGAAAAAGCCCAUCGCAUCCCGAGAACUUGGAGCAACAGCCGAACAAUGGGAGGAGGCAGAGCACAAGAAACCGCCCGCUCACCAUGAAAGCGCUUGAAGCUCUUGCAUUUGGGCUCUUUGAAACAAAGCGGAAGCGAAAGAACCGGGACGAGUUCCAAUACGAGAUGGCAUCGAGACCUCCAUCCCGACGGGCACCCAGUCGGGCCCGCCAUGAUGAUGAGAGUUACAGUGCCGGCUUUGUGGACCUGAGCAUGGAGGAUAAAGGAAGUGAUGACAGGGGGAAUGAAAGUAUGUUAAGUGAAAAGUUGUCAGGUUUUAGUCUAUAACAUGUUCCGAGUUUGGCUUGUUCCUUGGCAUAGCGAUCACUCCCUGGUUCUCUUUGGGUGGGGGGAAGCGGGAAAAAGGUCAUUUAUAGUCCGGAAGUCCGGGUUACCGAGGCAUUCUUGUGGAUCUUGUCUCAAAAUUGAACACAAUUGUGACAGUUGAAGUUCCGAAAUUGGUCGAGUUCUGACCUUCGGUUACAUUUUCUUGUUGCUUAAGUAAAUGUGAAAUUGUGGAUUAUGUAGCAAACAUUAAUUUGUAAAAUCUCUUAUAUGUACUGAGAUAAGGCCAUUUUUCACUA